GCAAAAAAAACAUUUUACGCUUGAGCUUAGUUUCUAAAAAAUAAUUUUUUGGAAUUCUUAGUUCUAUCUUUUUAGUAUAUUGCAAAAUUAAUUAUUAUUUUUGUCUUAAUAUCUUUUUGGAAUCAUUCUCAAUUUUUACUUUGGCAAUCAUAUUCAUAAUGUCAGAUUUGAUUCGAAAAUAUUAAUAAAAACACGCGAUUCUAUCGGUAAUAAAUAUACACCGUUACUAAAAAAAAGUAAAGUUGAAAGAUUUUAACAGUUCUUUUAUCAAUAUUCUGUGAUAGAUGGAUGACUUUCUUAUCAAGAAUCGAGUUGUUAAUCAAGAAGCAUUAGAUGAAUUUAUUGCUGAUUUGCCCAUCACGUUCGUUUGUCACACCUGGCCAAAAGAAUUUCAAAAAGCUGCUCUAAAAGCGUAUACUGAGUUUAUUGAACUCAAAGUAGUUUUUCAAGACUGGAAUUUAGCUAGCAUAGUUGCACCUUACCCUGUAAGACAUUUAUGGAAAAUGCAUGCAGCGCAUUAUAAUGGGCUUUGUCAAAAACUUUUCAAAAAUAUUAUUGUCUACAAGAAAGGUAAAACCUCUGCUGAGCAGGUUCAGUUUACUUUAAAAGCUUACUUUAUGAGAUUUAAUCAUUCACCAUGCAAAAAUAUUUGGGAUUUUGAUCUGAACAAAGAACUGUGGAAAUAUAGGAUUACCAAUUGGGAUAAACUUUGUGUUUCUAAAGCUUCUUCAAAUUUUAAUGAGUUAGCUAUAUGUAAAAAAUCAUGUCUUGAUAUUAAAAAUAUAAACGAUCAACACAUAAACAGUUGUCAAAAACAGCGCCAAGUAAAACAAUACAACACCAAGCAAACAAAAAAACAAAGUAACAGUCAAUCGAAUACUCUAACAACUCCAAGUUUAGCAACACGCUCAAAUAUUAAAAAAAUGAAAAUCAAACAUAAAGAAAAUGUUUAAUAAAAUAAAGAAUUCUAGUUUGAA